GCUAAAGAUCAAACCGCAUACUAACAUACUCAACAGUAUGUCAAAACAGUAUGUCAGUAUAGGAAGCGCACUCGUUUUGCAUACUUUAUAGAUUAGUAGUAUACGUUUUCAGACGUAGCCUGUAGUCAAGGUUUGUAGCAUCCAUAUAACGGCCUAUGUUUAUUCAGGAAUAUAGAGGAAUGGGAGGAAGAGCGGAACAAUACAAAUGGACCAGAGAAACAUCAGGCGGUGUUGAGUAGGGAAAAUUAGGGACAAGACUGCGUUUUCGGUUCAAAUGCUGUUUUCUAUUUAAUUUUUUAUAGCUUUACUGAGCACUUUUUCCCAGUUGAGGCGCAACGGAGAAAGAAGACAGUCCCCCUUUCUCACUUUCAGCGCUGUUUUGUCUUAUAAUCAGCUCCGGCUGCUGGUCAUUGUAAUAAGAAUGAUGAAGGUAAUGGCUGAGGAGUGACCCAAACAACCAUCUCCAUCACCACCAGCUCCUCCAUCCCAGGGCCAUGUCUGUGACAACUGUCAAACCUAAUUUCUUCACUCCAUCAUUAGAGUAUACUCCAGUCUCCUUCCGUACUCGUGUCCCUACUCUCUCCAGCCCUGUCCUCAUCAGUUCAGUGGAGAGCAGGACAGAGCAGGACAAUGCUACGCAUAGAGGCACCUUCCCCACGGUCACUGUACCAGCCAAUGAGACGGGAUUCAACUCCACACAGCUCCCCAUGACAUCGGUGGAUGGUGCUGGUAUGGGCAUGGUCCUCAUGCCCUUUGGCAUAAUCAGCAUUGUCGGGUUGGCUGUCGUUGUGAUGCUGUACAUAAGGAAAAAGAAAAGACUGGAGAAGCUAAGGCACCAGCUGAUGCCCAUGUAUAACUUUGACCCAGCCGAGGAACAAGACGACCUGGAACAGGAACUUCUGGACCAUGGCCGAGACGGCAGCUCAGCAGGACCAAAUUCCAAAACUCUGACAGCGGGUCAGGGUGGCGCUCAAGUGGCGAGUCGACUGGUCUUUACAGACGUUGCUGAUGCCAUAAAUGUAUGACGUCGCUCCUCUCAGCAUCAAUGAAGAUUUCAGAAACCUCCAGGGACAUCAUGGAGAGAACGAGAAUUUUCCAGCUUCAUAUUUUCACACUUGGCUGGGAAUCAGACGUUGAUUUAGCAAACGUCUGUAGACUAUAAGGGAAGUUUCUAGAAGCCUUUUAAGAUUAGGUUGCAUUUGCUGUAUUAAAAAAGGAAAUGGCAUUUCUGUACAUUUUAGAGAAAAGCCUGUUUAAUUUCAUUUCUGAUGAUCCCUUUUAAAUGGAUUGGUUCAGACCCAGUUUAACUCAUCAUGGUCACAGAUAUAUACAGUAUAAGUCUACAUGUGUGUUUUUAGAAGUGUUCAUUAAAGAAAUUUAGUAGUUGCUUUUGAUAUUUGUUCAAGGAUAGUAAUUGCAUGUAUUUGUAGAUACCACAUCACUGCAUCACACAGUUAAAGUGCACCUAUUAUGGUUUUUCAAAUAUGACCUUUCAUGUCUUGUGUUAUAGAGCUGUUUGUGAAUGUAAAAAAGUCUGCAAAGUUUCAAAAAUCAAAUUGCAUGACAAACGGAGUUAUUGACUCCCAAAAGAAGGAACCGAUUCUGAACGGCUGAAACGAGUCGUUAGUGAUUCCAGACUCACUUCCUGUACUAACCUACGUAGGUUUGUAAUAUAAAACCCGCCUCUGGUUUUCGUAGGCUGCUCGCGAACAGCGGUAGACCAAUCACAACAGACUGGGAUAUCUAACUAAUCAGAGCAGAGUAUGCUCUCUGAAAGGAGGAGUUUAAAAUGAAUCCUUUAGAACGGAUCAUUUAAUGAGUCGUUUUUGAUGCUGGGGGAAAAAAUGGUAAUGCUGCAGUUUAAAUUAUGAGCACAUUAAAGUGUUUUUGACCUUGGAUGCAUGUAAAUCUAUCGUAUGAGACAUUUAAAACAAAAUUAGGCACGUUUAAACAAAACCAUAGUAGGUGUGCUUAAAAGGCUCCAGUUACUUGUAUUCAUUUUAUUAAUCUUAACUUUGUUUCUGAUAAAUUCAGUUUUGUUUGGUUUGAUUUGUCUAGCUCUUUUAACCAUAGACAUUGUAACAAAGCAACGCUACAUAAACACAGAUGUACAUUAAUGAGGCGACAAUGGAAAGGAAAAACUCCCUGAGACAUCAUGAGGAAGGAACCUGGAGAGGAAACCGAGUCUUCCGGGUGAAGCCGGAUUAUAAAUGUAAUUACUGUUCUUCAACUAUACAUUAUAAAGUCAAUACUAUGUAUGUUGAAAGGAUGAUAAAUGGAAGCAUAUUGUGAAUAAGAUUCAUGGAAUAAGCACAGGAUGUUUUUUAUUGUUGCAACAGUUCUUAGAUACAAGUUUUAAAAGUACAGGUGAUGGGUAGAAGUUUUGUGAUUAACCAUGAAGUCUUCUCUCUAAAGCUGGGAAAUUGCGAGGGUCCUUUUCAUUACAGCUAGCGGACAUUCUUUCUUCGAGCGUGUAAAAAUGAUAGUAGAAGUGUUUGGGAAUUUGAUGCACAUUUUCUGUACCACUGCCAUAGCUCAAACCACAGCUUCCCGAACGUUGGAUUCUACACUGUAAAAACCUUCUUUAAAAAGUUCUUUUGCCACAGCCUUACCUAGCGCAUAAUCUGUAUACAUGCACAAUUCUGAGCUAUAUUUAUAGAAAGACCGUGUAAUCGUUGUUGUUUCAAACAGAUUAACGUAUUAGAAAUUUCUCUCUUGUGAGGGAGAGAGAAAAGUCAUUAUGUCAUGUAUGUCUGUAUAAGUACUGUGUGCGUGUAUGCGCGUGCACGUGUGUGAACGCUACUAUGGAGUAAUUGUCUGUGACAGUGUUCUACACUCUCCAAAACCAGCAGCUUUAGAGAAAGUUUGUAAUGUGUGAGAAUAUGACCAUGAAUAAAUGCAAAAAAAAAAAAAAAAAAGCAUUUGAUCCUUUUUAAAAAAAUUUAUUUUCAAUGCAAUGUUUCAUAAAGUCACAACUGCAUGGUUUACUGGGAUAUUCGUUUUUUUAUUAUUUUUAGUCAUGACAUGGUCAAUGCGAUACAAUGCAUACACUUGUUUUAAGGUUCCUUUAUUCACUAUCUUAGAAACGAAAACUAUUAAGAAGCAUAAAAUUGAGGUACAUUAAAAUCUGUCACGGUUUGGAAGUGUUCAUGAGGCAGUACCCUUUUAAACGUUUCAUUCAGUGUAAAAACAUCAUUUGACUCAACAGCAGGUUAACACAGUACGUACAUGUCCUGUUAAAUGAGGUACGUGAUUAAAGACAACAGAUCAUAAAAUCAUCCUUCUGAUGCAUACAAUUUCUGCACUGAUGGUAGAAACUAUAAAACUAAUGAGAUGACAUAUAAAACCAAGGUGAACAAAUAAUAACAAAGUCUCGAGUUCUGAGGCAUCACCUUUUAAACCAAUUCAUGCAAUGUAAAAAUAUCAAUUCACUGAAGUUAUCCUAUAUUUUAGACCAGACAACAUCAUGCAAGUCCAGUAUAAAACAUGGACGUACAUGCAUGCCGAGGUUCGACAUCCACCGCAAACCUGGCCAGGUUAAAGUGAUUACUGAAGAUGAAUGAAUGUAACAACAUGGAGGAUUCGAGACACAGAAGUAUAAGUAUUGUACAUAAACAAUGCCAAUAAAAAAGAAAUCAGUACAAUUAUCAAGAUUUUUUCUUUCAAAAAAUGCUCGUCAUACAAAAUGCACAACAAGGUGUAGAAGAAAAGAGAAAAGCACAAUAAAGUGUAAUAUUCUAGAGAUCGACCAAUCAGAGAAAUAGACGUUAAAGAGAGAACAAAGAGGAUUAUGUAUUCAGCUACUGAGGCAUUCUGACAAAUGUUCGCUGCAUCAUUAAACUGCACAACAUUUCAUUCACUGAAAAAAACAACAACAAGAAGAAAACAGUACUUAAGUUGUGAACACAAGGCUUUUUUUUUUUUUUUUUUUUUUAGGUAAACACUUCCCCUGUGAUGCAUCCCCCCCCCCCCCCCCUUUUUUUAGUUUCAAACUUUAUCUCUGCUUUUCACAGACUGUAUCAAGUUUACUGGUCACACAGCAGAAAAUGAUCUAGUAAUCUAUUUGUUACUGUAAACAAAACAUGACUUUUUUUCAAAUAGUAAAAUUCAACAGGUUUGACACAUUUUCAAGUACAACUAGACACUCAACUGUAAACAUUGAAAUAAAACCAUUAAUAUAAGUGGCAGGUACUGAUCUUAGGAGAAAUGCACCAUGACAGUGUUGGUUUAAUUUGCCUUGAGUGAAAUUAUUAUUAUUAUUAGUGGACUUAAGUAAUACAAGUGGUGUUUCAGGAGUUAAAGGCUUUGG